AUGUCCAAAAGGCUCAGUCCCCAGGUACAAAACAACACCGCCGACGAUGCUUCUUGUGAGGCUCACCUGGAAGCACUACAGCUCUUCUGCGAUGAUGACCAAAUCACACUUUGCAGCAAAUGCUUCCAGUCCCAGGAGCACAAGCAUCACGUGGUUUAUGGAGUACAAGAAGCUGCUGAGUAUUAUAGGAAGUUAUUGCAUGAAAUGUUAAACGCAUUGAAGGAGAAACUUGAAGUAGCUAAAAGUAUAUUGGCUGAUGAGCAAGAAAGAAUGGUGAUGAUUCAGGAAGAGGAGCAGAAUUUUAAAGGGAUGAUUGAGUCUGAAUACAGGACAAGAUUCCAGUUGUGGAGUGAAGAAAAUGAUCUGAACUCUCGGAGGCUGGAAGCACACAUGUUUGACUCCAACUUGAGAGAAGCCAGUCUGAAUCAACUGACCAGGUUUGGCACAGAGUUAGAGGAAAAGUCCCAGGAAAUGUUACAGAGACUGAAUGAUCUGGGGAGAGAGAAUAUGAACAAGCUGAAGGAGAGUGAAGCCAGGGUUUCCGAGCAGAUCAGCAAGCUCCAGAGCAUCACCACGGAGCUCGAAAAGAAAUGCGGGGAGUCAGCCUUUGCACUACUCCAGGAUGCAAAACAUUUUCUGGAAAGGAGUGAGGCACUACUGCUUCAGUGUCUGGAGCCCGCUCAUAUCACAGAAAUGAAUUUGUGCCACAUCAAAGGAAUGAGCAAAAUGCUAAGAGCACUCCAAAGAAACAUAACUUUGGAUCCUGAAACAGCUCAUCCUUGCCUCGUUUUUUCUGAGGAUCUGAGAAGUGUGAGAUGUGGCAGUAUCCAGCAGGAUGCACCUGGCAACUUGGGGAGGUUUGACUUUGGUGCCACGGUGCUAGGUGUAGAAUGCUUCACCUCAGGGAGGCACUAUUGGGAGGUAGAUGUGGAAAAGGCAACAAAGUGGCAACUGGGUGUAUGUAGAGACUCAAUACAAAUGAAAGGCAGCAGGACCAGUGCUCCUGGGGAUAGAGUCUUACUCAUGGGAGCCAAGAUGGGGACUAAUUACACCUUCUGGGUCUUUCCCCCUUUAAAAAAAGUCUCCUUGAGAAAGCAAAUACUCAAAGUUGGAGUUUUCCUAGACUGUAAGUAUGGGCAGAUAUCAUUCUACAAUGUGACAGAGCAAUCCCUCAUUUAUAAUUUCUCUAAUCUCACCCUCCAGGGAGCUCUUAAACCUAUGUUUUCUCUUUGUAUCCCAAACGGAGCCAUGGAUUUAGAUUCUCUCACUGUCUGUCCUCCUCAUAUUCCUUCUUGA